CCCUGUCGGCCAAUCACGCCACUUCUCAGUCACCUGCGUCUCGGUGCAGGAGUUAAAAUGGCAAUAAAAACAAAGGCAUCUCUGCCCCGCGAGACGCGAUUGUGCGUAUAAGUCAAAUCUAUGCCCCUCUUGAAAAGAUGACUUGUUUCGUGUUUUUAAGCGUUUUAUUUACGGGCACAUUUGCCCUAACUAACGUGGAGGAGGUGGAUUCUCGAGAGCGUUUGUUUUUAGAUUCCCUUGGGCUCUCCACCAGGCCGACUGCCGCAGGAGCCUCCAGACGGGUUCCGUCCAUGUUGUGGCGGAUGUUUCAAAGGAGUAAGGGCGACGAGGUCCAGGAAAGCGAGUCGUGCAUGGUGUCCGAGUACGGCGUGCGCGGAAACAUCAUUCGAUACGUGCAGGACCAGGGCAGAUCGGUGUCUUGCUGGGGCGGCCAGGACUGCGUGGAGAAGCAACUGUUCUUCAACAUGUCGGUCCUGCAGCCCGUGGAGCAGCUGUCUCUGGCCCGUCUGGAGGUCAAGUUUCAGUUGGGUGUGUUCAGGGCCCCGGAGUUUUUCCUGGGGCCCCGGACCCUCGACGUGUCCCUGUAUAAAGUAGUUAGAACCACUCUGAGGGGCGCGAGCCACGAGGCUAACCGAAGGCUCAUUUUAUCCCAGUCGGUGGCACUCGGACCCGAGCCCGCCUCCCUCACACUGGACCUUACCUCCCUGGCCGAGACCUGGCGAAAGGCGGGCCGCAACUACGGCCUGGUGCUGGCGCUGCAGCCGCAGAGAAAUGACCCGGAGGAGGAGCUACUCCCCUUCCGCCCCGGGAACACUCUCCCGCUGCAGCCGGCGGCCGUGUCUGCGCCGCCGCCAGAGGUCCACGCCGCCCUGGUGGCGGUGUCCCUCAACCCCCAGCAGUGUCGCUCCAGACGGCGGCGGAGCGCCGUCCACCUCCCCGUGACGCCCAGCAACGUGUGCAAACCUCGGCGCCUCUACAUCGACUUCAAGGACGUGGGGUGGCAGGACUGGAUCAUCGCGCCGCAGGGCUACCUGGCAAACUACUGCCACGGCGAGUGCCCCUUCCCGCUUAGCGAGAGCCUGAACGGCACCAACCACGCCAUCCUGCAGACCCUGGUGCACUCGCUGGACCCACGCGGGACCCCGCAGCCGUGCUGCGUGCCCAUCCGCCUCUCGCCCAUCUCCAUGCUGUACUACGACAACAACGACAACGUGGUCCUGCGGCACUACCAGGACAUGGUGGUGGACGAGUGCGGCUGUCGAUGAGCGUGCGAAGGGACAUGUCUGGUCCACAUUCGUGCUCAAAGCCCCUGGUGGUGGAACAGGGGUUCAGAACUUUAACAUUUUGUAUAGGUUACUUUUUUAAAAUAAAGAAUUGUUGUGGAAAGGACUGACAUUUUUUUUUUUUACGUUUAAUAUAUCGGUUUUGACAUGCGGCAAACGCGAAGAGAUUUUCUUCUGGAUGAAUACUUUUUCAUAGCCUAAACGGCUGCAGUGCGCUGCACCAGGCUGCCCUCUGCAGAAUGAGGCAUGCGCUGAGCAAACUAAAGUUGGGGAGGUUUAAUUAUAGCGUGCUCUAAAUGCCCAAGUAUUCUACGAGGGAUUUCAACUGGAAAAAUGUUCGGUAGCAGAGAUGAAAAAGUGGCACUGAUCCAGCCAUGUUUAGAAUGUUAUGGAGUCUGUGCUGAGAUUUGGAAGUUGCCACCUGUGAAGUGCAUGCUGGCCCCAAGAAUAUAACUAAUGUUGGUGUUAUUAUAGGCCUAUACAGAUUUAAGGACAAUCUUGUAGUAGACCGAUGGGGUGUCCCUCAACCAACCUAAAGGCAAAGCCGGGCUUAUUUAUCUUGGCCUCGCUACUUUAAUUGCGUUCCAUUAACGUGACUUAGGGAAUCUCCACUAAGUAACCAUGGCAAUUUAGCAGACCAAACUGACCUGUUCGGUAUCAGGCAUGGACCUGAUAAAGAACCAGGCUAACUGUCAGGCUUACUUGAUCGGUGUUUCAGAGAAGUCCAUCUGUCGGAAACUGUAGGCCUACCAUCAGAAGGUUCCGCCAAGCCCUCAUGAUUUUGUCAUAAAUUUACAUAGACUAUAUGAAUUACAAACAGCCUAUAUUUUCACUAAGGGGAGAAACACUUUUGUGUAUUAAAUGAUGCAAAUAAAAUAAUUAAAUGAAUUGA